UGGGCUCGGCUGGGUAGGACCAGCAUGAUCUGGCUCACACUGCCAGCUCUGCUGCUCACCAUGGUGGGUGCCCAAGAGGUCCAGCAGUCCCCCCUCUAUGCCGCGGCCCCCGAGGGGGCCUCCGUCAGCCUGGUGUGCCUGACUCGCGGGGCCCUUUUCGGCGGCGUCUUCCUGGAGCGGCGCUGGCCCACGCCGGCCAACGUGAUCUACUUCGAGGACCAGGUGGAGCCCACCGUGGACCGCGCGUUCCGGGGCCGCAUCGCGUUCUCGGGGACGCAGAGCAACCUGACCAUCUCCAUGAGCCUCCUGACGCCCAACGACUCCGGGGUCUAUGCCUGCAGGGCCGCCUCCGAGAGGCGCGCACGGAGCCCGGGCACCAUGGUGGCUGUGACGGGUGAGGGCCAGCGCGUCAAGAGUCUCUCCGGGGAUCAGAGCUCCCCGAGCAUGGUGUACGAGGACAUGUCCUACCGCGGUGGUAACCAGCAGCGCCGCUGA